CUCUGUGUUAUACUUUUUCUUCAUUCGUCCUCAUUGAUAUUAAAUUGAGCUGACGAUGAUUAUUUACAAAAUAGGAUUAUUUUUGUUGGUAAGUAACUCGAUUGGAUUUUCUCGAAAAAUAAAAUCACUCGAGCUCGAUGACUCUAUUUCAAAUCCAAUGGGAUGGAUAUUUGAUAUCGAAGAAAAUAACGUUCAAGAAAAUGAAAACGAGCUGAGGGAAACUGAGACAGUUUGCCGUACAAAAGAAUGCCGAGUAAUUGCUAACGAGUUUUUGAGCAGCAUGAACAAGGCAGCGAAUCCUUGUGAUGAUUUUUAUGAAUUCACCUGCGGUGGCUGGAGUGUUAGUGACAUCCCAGCCUAUUUACCAUUUUGGGCCCGACACGUUAUGUUUCAAGAAGUUGUUUGGAAACGAUUGAAGGGAAUUUUGGAAAUGGAUCAACAGCCAGAUGACAUUUUGCCAGUCAAGCAGGCUAAGAAGUGGUUCAAAAUUUGCAUGGAUUCAGAGGGUCUUAAUAGUCGCGGUAUAAGAACAUUGGAAUCGAUACUGAUGCGCGUGGGAGGCUGGCCAAUUACAAUGGACCCUGAGGAGUGGGACGCGGACUCUUAUAAUUGGGAAAAAAUAGAUAAUUAUUAUUUUCAAUUAACAUCUUCUCAUAUUUUUUACAAGUACCAAAUAUCUUCGUUUACCCGAGCUCCAAAAGAAGACAUUGGAAUUUCACCGGGUGAUUUGCCUCUAGCAGAUAAAUUAUCAUCACAAUAUCGUAAUUACACAGGAAAUGAUUACAAUGCGUACAAAGAAUUUGUCUAUAAAGUUGUUGAAAUUUUUUAUAAACACAAUAAAGGUCAAAGUCCCGGUGAUGUCAUUCAACAAGACGUUAUUGACUUGGUUGAAUUCGAAAAAAAAUUAUACAUGAUUCAAGACCAAGAUCCAGAAUUUGAGAUGAGCGUAAUUAGUGAGUUCAUUGAAAAUUAUGAAAAACAAUUGAAACAAUCGAACGACGAUGAUUUUAAAAUCGAUUUCAAGAAAUCGAUGAGCGACUUAGUUGACUUGAUAGGUUACAAAUACAAUGAUAGCACAGAAAUAAGCGUCCAAGAUAAAAAUUACUUCGUAAAAUUAUCAAAACUUUUGAAAAAGACACCGAAAAAAGUCAUAAUUAAUUACAUGCAUUGGCAUUUCGUGAGCAAUACGAUCGAACACACGACUGACGAAAUGAGAAAUUUAAUUUUCGAACUCAUGGAAAAAGAGUACGGAGUCACUGAAAGAAGUCCGAGGUGGAUAGAGUGCGUGCGGUUAACAAAAAUGAACGAUGCGUUAUCUUACGCAUUUAUGAAAAAAUAUUUUCCCGCUGAAACGGAAAACAAGGUAAGAGAGAUGAUUAAUAACCUAGUCGACAGUAUCGCGACAAUGAUUGAUAAUUCAAAUUUUGGGGAGGCCGAUUUGAAGAAAACGCUGAUAAAAAAAUUAAAAAAUACGAAAUUCGCUAUUGGGUUUCCCGAUUGGUACAAAAACAAGACCGCUGUUGUUUCUGCAUUCCGUGGGUUGACGAUUGGUUCGGAUUUGCUCGACGAUCAUUUGAGUUACGACAGAUUUGUGGUCAAAUCGAAUUUGCGUAAAUUAUUAACGGGAUCGCCGCAAGAAAGCUGGUUUAGUAAAGAAGAUCCAUUGACGGUCGACGCGAGAUACACUACCGGUCAAGUCAUAAUACCUGCUGCGCUGUUCCAGCCUCCGUUUUUUUCUCCAAAUAUACCUGAAUAUUUAAAUUAUGCGAUGGUGGGAUCAAGUCUUGGCCAUGAAAUGGGACACGGCUACGACAUAACGGACAUUUUGUUUGAUGAAAAUGUUGAAAGAAUAUCAUUUUCUGAAGAAACGCAAGCCACAUUAACAGAUCGCAUUGAAUGUUUUAUCCAGCAAUACAAUAAAUUGUUAAAUGCAUCCGACGAAACAGAGGGAGAGGAACCGAGUUCUGGUUUCAAAACCCUAUCAGAAAAUUUGUCAGACGCAAUGGGAGUUCAUUCAAUGUACGACGCUUACAAAAUGGCGGUAUCUAAAAACCCGAGAGCUGAUGUAAAACUGCCUGGCUUCGAAGAAUUUACUGACGACCAAAUACUGUUCAUUUCUUACGGAAAUAUAUGGUGUGAAGUAGUAAACGAACAAUUUGCUAAAAGUCGAGCUAAAAAAGACUCUCACAGCUCAGGUCGUAUAAGAUUACUGGGUUCGCUAAUGAACAGCGAGGAAUUUUCCCGAGCGUUCAAUUGUCCCAAGGGAAGCCCGAUGAAUCCCGAGAAGAAAUGUAACAUGUGGGGGGCUGAAGUUAAAGCCGAAAGCCGACGUCGCUUCAAGAAACGUCACCCCGGAUCGUAAACUAAUUUAACGCUAAAACUAACUUUGUUAUUAAUUACUAAAACGUACUCUAUAUGCUGAGCAUUACUCUGUAGGCUUAACAGACAAUAAAACACGUGACUGUAAGUGCUAGCGGUAAAUUAAGUAAGUUAAUUGUUAAAAUGUUGAUAAAAAGGACAUUCGAAAGUGUAUAUUUCUCAGCGGAUUAGCGUCAGCUCGAAAUUCACACGGGAAUCAUCAUCUGUAUUGUAUCGUAUCGUAAAAAGCCCCUAUCUCUUGGGUCUCGGGUCAUGCGUAUCGUAAAUGAAUUACCCAUAUCUACUAGCACACUCGAGUCUACUCUCUCUAUAUAUAUAAAU